UCUAAGUCGAAGAGUCCACGAUUCCAGCUGAUAACCUCCUAAGACACGCCCUGAAGGAACAUAUUUAAUGUAUCAAAGUUUUCGAUACUUCCACGAUAGAUUAUCAUGAUGUUUACGUAACAUCGGCAUCACCAGCAGUUAUCAAUUACGUUAUCAGCUGUUAUCACUUAUCGAUCGUGCAUUCCUCGCGUAUUCUGCUUGUGUACGUUAUAUUGUGCAUGAUAUUGUUCCAGGAGUAAUGCUGUCCCGAAAACACAGAAAAAGAACAAACCUCUUACAUCAUGAUUUCAGUGACGUUUGAAGCAUAAAUGUACCUAUUCAGACAUUCAAAAACAUGAGAAAUGCCGUUACAGAGAUAAGAGAACUUAGGAAUUUUUUUCAUUGUUAAUGAACGACUUGUAAAGUGCAACGUCUUUUCAUGAAGAAACCGAGAUAACAGUUAUUAGCGGACGAGUCAACGAAUGUGCCAGUCGCAAAAAUGAUUCAGCAAAUAAUCAGAAAAGCAGCGUCGUUAUUAUUUACUGAAAAAUGCAUGAAGGAGUAUUUCGAGAAAUUUAAUUUUCUUCAUGGUGAAUGUUUCAAAGCCACAUUGAGCAAAGGUUUAGGACUCGGCAUCAUUGCCGGUUCUUUUCUAGUAAAAGUACCUCAAAUUGUAAAAAUUAUAAAGAGCAAAAGUGGUGAAGGAAUCAAUGUCUUCAGCGUGUUAUUGGAUUUGUUUGCCAUUACUGCAAUGUCAUCAUAUAGUUUUAUGAAUGGAUUUCCAUUUAGUGCCUGGGGAGAUGGAGUAUUUUUAGGGUUUCAAACUGUGGCUAUUGCUGUUCUAGUAAUGCAUUAUAAUGGCGAAACAACCAAAGCAACUGCAUUUCUUUCUGCCUAUCUGGCUGUGAUUUUUGCAGCUAAUAGUGGAUUAACACCUAUUCAUGUUCUUUGGACAUGUCAAGCAAUGAAUAUACCUAUUAUUCUUGUUAGUAAGUUUAUACAAGCUUAUACGAAUUAUUCCAAUGGAAAUACUGGCCAGUUAUCGGCAAUAACGUGCUUCUUGCUCUUCUUCGGAUCUCUUGCGAGAAUCUUUACUUCCAUUCAGGAGACCGGUGAUGCAUCCAUGAUAAUAAUGUACACGUGUUCCACAGUGGCAAAUGCUGUGAUAGUAUUGCAACUACUUUAUUAUUGGAAUGUGCAACAAGAAAAGACAAUCAAGAAGAAGAAAUAGAGAUCAAAAGAGAAAACAAAUUUAUAUACACAAUGUGCGAGCUAUAAUUUAUAUGAGCCAUUGAUGUAAUUUGUAUAUUUAAUAACGCUUGGAUACAUAAAAUCUUGUAGGGAUGAUAUCUCAAGCUAGAGUGGUGAUUCUCAAACAGCGUCACAAAUAUUAUCGAAGUAUUAUCGAAGUUACAAAUGUAAGAAGAAACUUACUUGUAUAUAAAAUAUUUGUUACUCAAUUAAAUAUAAAUAUAAAUUUUGUACACUUAAAUAUUAUUUUUAUAAAGUUUUAUUUCUAUUCAUAUUUUAUACAAUAUGUUAUAUACAACAUAUAUUUUCAUGUUAUAAAGCGUGCUCCAGAAAAGUUUUUAUGCUUUACAAUGCCAAUAAAGUUUGAGAAUCACUGAGCUAGAAUAACGUGGUAGAGCAAUUAAAUGCUUGGGUAAUGGCACUUAUUAUUAUUAGAAAAUAUAUCUUUGGAAGUGGAAUAUAUUAAAGAACACACAGUUUCGAGGACAAUAUUAUUACUGUAUUGUAGAAGUAAGACGGAGUCACACAAUAUCAUUUUGUGUAGCCUGAUGAAAUGUUAUAUGAAAAAUAAUAUUGUAUACACAUUUCGUUUUAUCAUCUAAACAUAUUUUGCAAGAAGACAAUAUACUAUGAAAUAUGUUAAAUGUCUGCGCAAUAAAUACAAUUCGGGAGUCCAAGUCUCCUCUUUUGAAAGGGGAAAAUUAUUGUUAACUGCCUUACUUACACACUUGUUAAACUUAUUUAUAUGAUACAUAACACACAUAUCAUAUUAUUUUUUAGAACAUAUCAAGGACAGGUAAAUCAUAUUUUAUAUGCCUUCUUUGUUACUUGUACUAGCAAGUUAAUUAAUAUAUACUGUUGUCUAAGGAACCAA